AUAAAAAUCCUUCUAAACCUUUUCUUUCCAUCCAAUCACCCUCUCUCUCACUCUUCUUUUCUCUCCAUUUUCCCCCUAAACACUCGCUCAAAUCUAUAUCAAUAAUAGAAACUAGUAACAAUACUCUAACUUCUCUUCUUUUUCUUUCCUUCCAUUUUCCACCCAGGGAGAGAAAUGGACGUUCGCCGGCGACCCACCAACGCCGCCGUCGUGCGUCCACCUCCCGCCGCCAAACACCCAAAAAUGAAGAAGAAUGAAUCACAGACAUCUCUGUACGUCACCAACACCGUCUUCUUCACUCUCUUCUUCUCCGUCGCCUACUUCCUCCUCCACCGUUGGCGCGAGAAGAUCCGCACCUCCACCCCUCUCCACUUCGUCACGGUUUCCGAGAUCGCCGCCAUCCUCUCCCUCUUCGCUUCCGUCAUCUACCUCACCUCCUUCUUCGGCAUUGGCUUCAUCCUCCACCCCUUCGCCGCUUCCCGCCCCGUCCCCGGUGAAGACGACGACGAAGAAGAACUCGUCGCCGACAUUUCCCCCUGCCUCAACAAUCUCCCCCCGCCGCCGCUCAAAAUCGCCAACGGCAACGGCAACGGCAAAUCCCUCUCACCUCCGUCGCCGACGGCGACAACAACUACUCUGUCCUCGGAGGACGAGGAGGUUAUCCGGGAGGUGGUGUCGGGGUCAAUCCCGUCGUACUCGCUGGAAACGAAGCUCGGGGAUUGCCGGCGGGCGGCGGUGAUUCGUCACGAGGCGGUGGAGAGGGUGGUGGGGAGGUCGCUGGAGGGUUUACCGGUGGAAGGGUUUGAUUAUGAGUCGAUAUUGGGGCAGUGCUGUGAGAUGCCGAUUGGGUUCAUUCAGAUUCCGGUUGGGGUGGCAGGGCCGCUGUUACUCGACGGGAAAGAGUACACCGUCCCCAUGGCCACCACGGAGGGUUGUCUGGUGGCGAGCACCAACAGAGGCUGCAAGGCUAUUUACGUUUCCGGUGGUGCUUCCGCGGUGCUCCUCCGUGAUGGCAUGACCAGGGCACCUGUUGUCAGGUUCAGCUCCGCCAAAAGGGCUGCUCAGUUGAAGUUCUACUUGGAAGACCCUGAGAAUUUUGAUUCUCUCGCUCUCACUUUCAACAAGUCAAGUAGGUUUGCAAAGUUGCAGAGUAUUAAGCCUGCAAUAGUAGGCAAGAAUUUGUACAUUAGAUUCUGUUGCAGCACUGGAGAUGCCAUGGGGAUGAACAUGGUUUCCAAAGGUGUCCAAAACGUACUUGCUUUCCUUCAAGAGGACUUCCCUGACAUGGAUGUUAUUGGCAUUUCUGGAAAUUUCUGCUCGGACAAGAAAGCAGCAGCUGUGAACUGGAUUGAAGGGCGUGGUAAGUCUGUGGUGUGCGAGGCCGUAAUUAAGGAAGAGGUGGUGAAGAAAGUGUUGAAGACCAGCGUGGAGGCCUUGGUUGAGCUUAACAUGCUCAAAAACCUUACUGGCUCAGCCGUGGCAGGUGCUCUUGGUGGCUUCAAUGCCCAUGCUAGCAAUAUUGUUUCUGCUGUCUACUUGGCCACGGGUCAGGAUCCUGCUCAGAAUGUGGAGAGUUCUCACUGCAUCACCAUGAUGGAGGCCGUUAACGAUGGCAGAGAUCUUCACGUCUCCGUCACCAUGCCUUCCAUUGAGGUGGGCACAGUUGGUGGGGGCACACAGCUCGCAUCUCAAUCAGCAUGUCUUAAUUUACUUGGUGUGAAGGGUGCCAGCAAGGAGUUGCCGGGUGCGAAUUCUAGGCAACUGGCAACUAUAAUAGCUGGCGCAGUCCUCGCCGGGGAACUCUCCCUCAUGUCUGCAAUUGCAGCAGGGCAGCUUGUGAAGAGCCACAUGAAAUACAACAGGUCUAGCAAGGAUAUCACCAAAGUUGCAUGAUCUGGCUUUGCCCCAUGAAAUGGUGCAAGGAACUUGUAUGGUCAAUUAUGAAAGAAAAUUGAUGCAACAAGUGUAUAUUAGUUUCAGAAGGAUAAUUAAUUGGUGAUGGUGAUGACACAGCAUGCAAUUAGCUAGACUUCACAGAUCAUCUGGUCCCUGAAAAGAUAUAUUUCUGCCUGGUGUUGUACAGAGAAGGACUUAGUUUGAUCCCUCUUUUUUUCUUCCAGUUAUUCAAAGAACUAAAAAUCAAUCAUUUCUGUUUUGUGUCAGUAUCUCAUCUAAAGCUAAUGUCUCAAAGAUGUGAUAUUUUAGUUUGUGCUUUUGUGGCACUUAGUUUGUGUUGUAAUCUCCAUAUUUGUUGUUCAUUUGUAACUUAGAAGAAAAUCACGCAUCUCAUUUGAUGUGGGAUUUUGAGAAUAAAUAUUAUCAUAAUAAAGUGAAAAAUGACUGUUUCUAA